UUAGGAAAUUAACGUCGUCACUGACGUCCGAUAAAAAACCCCACUAAUUCUUCUCAGAAGUCAACGUUCAUAGCUAAUGAAUGUUACCCAGUUGUGGAGGAAACCAACCAGAUUUUCUCUGAACAUUUCCAUAGGAUACUGAUAUAAUUAUGAAGAGGUAUUAAAGAAAAGUAAACUCAUGAAAAAUACUGGCAUUAAACUCAAAAAUAUAAAAAAAAUUGGUACCGAAUCCAAAAAUAAAUAUAGAGAUUCAAUAUUAAAAGUUUUUCAGGCAAGACUACAAUCUCCAAAUGGAGGAGGUGCAAUUCUGGUUAAUAUUGAUAAGAACUUGAUGCCAACAAAUUGUUUUGAAACACAGAAAGCAGGUUCAAAAUUAACAAAACAAGAUGUGAAAUGUAUAACAAAAUCUAGAAAAUCUGGUUCUGAAAUCAUUAGUAAGCAGUCUCAAAAAAAAUCACAUAUCACAAGUCAUGAGAAAAAAGCGUUAGAAUUGGAAAAAACAGUAAAGAAAAAACAAAGCAUCUGUGUUGGAAAUUGUGAUCAACAUGUAGCUAUCACAACAGAUAAAUCAAGUGAUUUAAGUAUGGAUAGCCCUGAAAAUAACAGACCAAAAAGAAAGAAAAGAAAAACUCGAGCCCAAAGAAACAAAUUAAAACCAAAUAAUCCAAGUAAAAAGUGUGAAAAUAAUCAAAAGACAUCAACAGUUACUAAACACCUAUCAAGUACACAAAAUUUAUCAAAUAUGGUAAAUACUACAGUAUAUGAUAGUGAUUUAGCUUUUUCUAGAAUAACCAAUACACGAUUAACUAAACGGUUAGGCCUAUUUAAUCAAGGAAAGAAAUCUAUGAAAAUUGGCAGAGAUCCUAUUGUAGUAUCUAACUCAAUACGUAAGAAGACUGAUGCUGAUCUAUGGAAGAUAAUACAUAAUGCAGAUGAUGAUUGUAAUCAAAUGGAUGUUGAUUAUGAUAUUCACUCACCAAAUCCAAUAAAUGAUCAGUUAUCAACAUCAAGAGAUCACCUAUCAACUGUAGAACAAGUAUUACCUAAUCCUGUUUAUAUAACUCCUCUAUCUAAUUCAUUACCUAAUAGACAUCAUAGUUCUGCCACAUCCACUGGAGUUUCUUCUGGUACAGCAAAUUUUACUGGAGAAACUAUGCCAAACUCACCACCGUUACAAGAGAUAUCUAACUUCCUUAUGAAAUCUUUACUCAGUAAGAAAAUGUCAAAUAAAAAUGAUUUACUUCAGACUACUUGUGAUGAAUUGAAAAAAAUGAUAAAACAAAAAAUUCCACCAUCAGCCACACCUAUGUCGUGUAGAAUAUCUACAAGUUCAUCAUCUCAUAAUACCAAUAGUAUACAGAGAUCUCUACUAAACAGUUUUAUACAGGAAAAAACAGGAAAAGACAGAGAACAGUCAAAAAUAAUUAAGACCCCCAUUUUAAUUGAGUUGCCCAAAACAAAUGGUGAUGUAAUAAAGAUAGCUAAAGCACAGAUGGAGACUGAUGUACCUAUGUUAAGUAGAACACAAUCACCAGUUUCUUCUAAGGACACUGCUUUUGCUAAUGCUAAAUCUUUGUUACAAAUGAAUGAUGACAUGGCCUUCAGUCAAGUAAAUAGAGUGACAAAUUCUCAUGAAAUAGGAUUAGAUUUGAUGGAUGAUGGUUCUAAUUCCCAUGAAGAACCAGUUAAAGCCAUGUCCACUUCUCAAUCAUUAGGAUUUCAUAAUGUACACACUAAUCCUCCUAUACUUCUACCAACUGUAGAUCACUAUUUACAAGAUGAUAGAUCAGUAAUUAAUAUACAUGAUCAUAGACAGAAUCUAUUAACAGCUUUACACAGAGCAUCUAGACCACCAUUACGUACAACUGAAGCUGUUAUAACAGAAUUGCAACCACAGUAUAUGCCACAUUUUCAUGGUGAUUUUUAUAAGGAUCCUUUAAUUACAAGUGAAUCUAUAUGGCCUUGUAGUUAUAUUAAUCCUGAAAAACAACAAGCACAGACAAGAGGAUGUGAUAUUUUAGAUAUAUUAGAUAGUGACAGACAAUAUAGACAUCAUCUACAUUCUAUACCAUCUGUUUAUAUACCAGAAACUAAUAUUACUUCUCCAUCCUGGCAUUUUACAUCUAUGCCACCACCUUCUAUUUCGUCAUCACCCCCUAAAUUAUUUCCACGUAGAUUAUACUGAUGAUGUUUUAAAAUUUCAACUCCUACUUAAAUGUGCAUUGUGUUAUUAUUUCCGACCUUUUUGAAUAAUAUGAAAGUGCUUUAUUUUGUAGUGUUACACAACUGAAGAUGUUUAUACCCUUUCACAUGUAACAUUUGUAAUUUGAUAUUUUUCAAUACCCCUUUUGGUGUAAUCAUUAGACUAUCAUUAUGUUAAUUAGGGUUUUAAAAGUUUUAAGCAUUAUUUGUUUGGUUUUUAAAUUUUUUACUUUUAUGUUAAGUCAUCAAGUAAGUUAAAUGUAUACUGUCAUAUAGAUAAUAGAGACUUUUGGCAAGCGUAACUUCCUGGUCCGUGUAGCUUAUCCGUAUGGAUUAUGCGUGUGACGUCCUCAAUGUGCAUGUAUUUCUCACAUGUGAUACGGCAGCACGUAUCGAACAGCUUUCAUAUGGAAAAGGUCCGUAAAACAUUGUCAUCUUUUACCAUCUUUCUUUGCUACUUUUAGAUGCUGAAAUGUUGUAUCAUAGCGUUUUUAUGAAUCUGUGCGUAUCCUAGAACACGAAGGUGUAUAGUUGAUGUGAUUUUAACCAUGAUAAAGACUGGAAUUUUCAUACUUUUCUUGUCUGUCUGUCUGUCUGCAUGCUGGUUGAUCUACGUGCUAAAUUUAGGGAGGUGGGACCUUGCAAUGAUUUUAUUCUUCAGUAAAGGAGUAUAAACUUUCUGAAAUGAUACCAUAGUGAAACCAAAAAUUGCUGUCAAGUCGAAGUCUGUCUACAUGCUGGUUGAUGUACGUGCUAAAUUUAGGGAGGCGGGACGCUGCAAUUCUGUAAAUGAUUUUAUUCUAUGGUAAAGGGGUAUAAACUUUCUGAAAUGAUACAAUAGUGAAACCAAAAAUUGCUGCCGAGUCGGAAGUCGAAGAUUUUUAAUAAGAUUCAACAUAAAAAUUUUUUUUAAUAGUUCAGCGACUUUUAAGCGAUUUCACUCCCUUCUGGAAAUUGUAGGCUGGGCACUCGACUAGUACUGAUGGUGAUCUUGAUAGAUAUCUGCCAUCAUACUGUAAUAGAACUAAGCUCUGCUCAGCGGUGCAUAUGUACGCGACGCAAAAAUCUGCUAAAACUACAUCGACGCAACGUAUCACGUAUACGUUACGGAUACGUGAUAUAGAUGGGAAAAAUUCAACUUGCCAAAAGUCUCUAAUAAUAUUUAGUUUCAAACUUGUUUUUCCAAUAAUAGGCUAUUUUCCACAAGUCACUUUUAGUUUUGUUUGCCCUUUACUUUUUAAGAUUUUUGCAUGUUAAUAAGGCUUAAGUUUAAUUCUGUCAGAUUUUAUUAAAUGUAAUGUUUAUUCCCAUCAUCAUAUUUAAAUAUUUUGUUAAUAACGAAAGUGAUGCCAUAAAUAACCAAGGCACUGGAAGUUGAUUCCUUCAUCGUUGGAUUCCAUUUCUGGUCUCCAUAUAAAUUGUUCCUAGUAAUAUUUGUAACUGGUAGCUGGUCUAGUUUUCUGUUGUUUUGAUUUGUGUUGAUAGUUGUCAUUUAAAAACUGUGAUGUCCUGUUAAUUUAUUUCCUUAAUGUGAUACUUUUAUAGGAUAAAAGAAUUGUUGAUAUGUUGGGAAUCUAUUGUAAAAAUGAAAUCAUUUUGAUUGGAAGUCUGAAAAACUUUAGUUUUGUUUUGUUAAUGUUUUGGAAUAAUAUUUUGUUACUGGUUCUUUCAAGAGAGAAUAAUUUUACUGGAAGAUAUGAAAGGAUAAUAUUUAAAAAUUAAACUGUAAUGAAAAUCAAACGAAACCGAUUGGCAUUAUGGUAUGUAGGUUCAAUAUUGAAUAUAUAAUAGAAGUAUUUCAAUAUAUAGAAGUUGAAAUGAAAUGGGGAUUAAUGACCUCCUUUUCUGCACCUCCUGGACUAGUGAAGAUGGGCUAUGAGGAAA